AUGCUUAGUGACUGGGGUUGGGAUCAUAGACUCUUCGACUCCUCUUUCCAUGGCUCAUCCAUCUCCGCAUCACCUGUCUCCGUACGUCGGUCUCAAACCACGAUCUCUCUCCACCGUGUCUCCGUUCGCGCCACCGCUAGCUACGACCUGAACGCCUUCACUUUUUCUCCGAUCAAGGAAUCCAUCGUGUCUUGCGAGAUGACGAGGAGGUACAUGGCGGAUAUGAUCACUUACGCCGCCGAGACAGAUGUAGUAGUCGUUGGUCGCGAUCAUCGAAAGUCUGUUAGUCCUGGAGGUGGUGCGUGGCUCGGUGGUCAGCUUUUCUCCGCCAUGAUAGCACGCAAACCAGCUCACUUAUUCCUCGACGAGAUUGGUGUACCUUACGAUGAGCAAGACAACUACUACGUGGUGAUCAAGCACGCUGCUCUCUUCGCAUCAACCAUCAUGAGCAAGCUUUUGGCUCGUCCCAACGUCUAG